UUAAAAAAAAAGUUUUUGAAUUUAGUUCUAGAUACUAGUUGAGAGUUGAAAUUGAAUGGGCAAAAAACCAAAAAAAACCCGAAACCAAAACCCUCAACUUUGCUCCGCCCUCGUCACCGUCACCAACUAGACCAUCACUGCCCGUCAACCCCAAUUUAUCAACAACGCACCGCUGACUGCACCAUUAAUGUUGAUUCGAACACUUUCAAAGCUGAAAACUCCUUUUUUCAUCUCUCCAGUUCUUCAUCACUGUAACAAAAAAUUGCCCAUUAAUCAACUUUCUACCCUAUUAUUUUUUAGCCCAUUAAAUUCAUCAAAACCCAGCAAUGGGUUUUCAUUACUUUUAGGGAGAAACAUCCACGAUGGCAGACCAAGAGGCCCUCUUUGGAGGGGGAAGAAGUUGAUUGGGAAAGAAGCCCUUUUUGUCAUUUUGGGUUUGAAGAGGUUUAAAGAUGAUGAAGAAAAGCUUGAUAAGUUCAUCAAAUUUCAUGUGUUGAGGCUUUUGAAGUUGGAUAUUAUUGCUGUUCUUUCUGAACUUCAGCGUCAAGAGGAAGUUGCUUUGGCUAUCAAGGUGUUUAGGGUAAUUCAAAAGCAAGACUGGUAUCAUCCUGAUGCCUAUCUGUAUAAAGACUUGAUUAUUGCAAUGGCCAGAUGUAAAAGAAUGGAUGACGUGAUUCAACUUUGGGCAGACAUGAAAAAGGAGGAAUUGUUUCCCGAUUCUCAAACAUAUAGUGAGGUCAUCAGAGGCUUCUUAAGGGACGGUUCCCCUGCAGAUGCUAUGAACAUCUAUGAGGACAUGUUGAAGUCUCCAGAUCUUCCCGAGGAACUUCCAUUUAGGAUCUUAUUAAAGGGUCUUCUACCUCAUCCACUUUUGAGAAACAAAGUUAAGCAGGAUUUUGAGGAACUCUUUCCUGAGCGUUCUGUUUAUGAUCCACCACAAGAGAUAUUUGGAAUGCGCUAAUGUAGAACUACCUAAGAUGGCUAUGAGAUGUAGAGUUGGCAAAGGAAGCAAUGAAAAUAGAGCAUACGUUGAGAAAUGGUGCGCUUGCACCAUGCCCCACGUCCGCGUGCACAAAGGAGCACAUCGCAUAAUAGAAUAUUGUUCAGGGAAUUUCAAAUGGACAUAACUUCGGAACAACAAAUUGGAUGAUGGUAAUUCUAGUUGGGGGUGAAAGCUUGUUUCGAUAGCAUUCCAACGACUGGUCAUAAGCUUUAUUUGGAUCUAAAACGAAAGCGUUGUGCGCCCGGACCACUUAUUGAGGUGCGCCUGCACCUCCCAACAAAUUCAUGCAUUUCGAGAUCAGUAUAUUUGGUGUGCCCGCACGUGUUUGUGUGGUGCGCCCGCACAAUCUAUGUUUCGUCAAAGAGUGUGAGGCCUCAUGCGUAAUCCUAACAUUAGAGAUGAUUAUUAUUCCACGUAUGCUUUAUUCUAUAGACUAUAGAGUGAUAUUAGGGUUCUUUUUUGUAAGUCCCUAUUUUUAAGAGCGUUUAUAAAUGCUAAUUAUAUUUUAUUAAGUUAACCAUGUUUUGGAUUUUUUUUAUGUUAUUUGGGUUGGAAUCUGAAUUUAUAUUUGUUAGGUUUGUAAAGUAUUUAUUUAUUUAAUUUUAUGAAGUUCUUAAUAUUUUUUAUUUUGGGUUUUAUGUGUAAUUUGUUUGAUGAUAUUUGUUUGAUGAUUUUUCUCUCUUAAACCUCGGUCUCCCUCCUCUCUUCCUCUGGUGGUGCUCUGGCGCUAGUUCUCGCCCUUCGUCGCUGCUACUGUUGUGCAACAAGGCCGCCCUCCCCUUUGCUCGCGUCUCUCCUCCUCGCGCGCUGAUUGCUCGCGGCUGGUGUUGCUGUGAUUUUUGCUGUUGUUCGCCGGUGGAUGGCGGUCAUCGUGCUGCUGUAGUUUGUGGUUGGUAGUGCAGUCGCCGGCAAGUUUUCCCCUCUCCUGUUUUUUUUAGCUACUGUUGUUGUCGUCUUGCCCUUGCCACCGUCACUACCGACGUGCGUUGGUGGUUUGCAGAGUACUAAAGUUACUGAUGACCCUUUUGUGUUGUUGUUGUUGCUAUUGUUCGUUGUUGUGGCAGUUACGUUGUUGAUAUUGCAUUGUUGUUGAUGUUGCGUUA